AUGUUAGAGUCAGCUAGUGGGGGCUGUGUUUUCAGAAAAAAUGGCAUCAGAACCGGUCAAUGUGAAUGAGUUCCAGGAACUGGCAAGGCGAGCUGUUCCGAAGAUGUACUUUGACUUCUACAAUGGGGGAGCUGAGGACCAACACACGCUAAGAGAGAACAUGGAAGCGUUCCGUAGAAUCACUUUUCGGCCAAGAGUUCUUGUAGAUGUGAGCAGAAUAGAUAUGUCAACCACUAUAUUGGGUUACCCAACUUCGGCACCAAUCAUGAUCGCUCCAACUGGAUUGCAUAAGUUGGCUCAUCCUGAAGGUCUAAUUUCAUUUAGAAGAGCUUUUGAGUGAAAUUUAUGUGUACUU